CUGCCGGGCGGUGACUGACAGGUGUGCGCGGGGCAUUGUGGGGCGCCCGCCCCGGCGCUGCCUCAGAAAGGGCGGCGGGCGGUCGGUCGGUCGGUCGGUGUGUCGGUGUGUCGAGCGCUCGGUCGUUCGUUCGUUCGUUCGGCGGCCAUGGGCCUGUCCGUCCCCCAGCGCUGCCUCCUGCUGCUGCUGCGAGCCGUCGGCUUCGUCAUCGGCCUGCUGGGCUUGGCGGCGCGCGCGCUGGAUGCCAACUACCGCGCGCCCCGCGCCGCGCCGCCGCCCGCCCAACCGCUGCUCCUGCUCUCCGGGCUGCGCCUCGCCCGGGACAUCCGACGCGGCAAGGUGAAGAGCAUUGAUGUCAUUGAAGCUUAUAUCGCAAGAAUCAAGGAUGUGAACCCGAUGAUCAAUGCAAUUGUCAAGUACAGGUUUGAGGCAGCUCGGGAAGAAGCCAUUGCGGUGGAUAAGCAGUUGGCAGAGGGCCAUGAAGAUGAAGCCACCCUGGAGAAGGAAUGGCCCUUCUUGGGCGUCCCUCUGACCGUCAAGGAGGCCUUUGAAGUGGUUGGAAUGCCCAAUAGCUCUGGCCUGGUGAACCGCCGCAAUCUGGUGUCCCAAACGGAUGCUACCGUGGUGGCCAAUCUAAAGCGUGCUGGAGCCAUUCCCCUGGGAGUGACCAACUGCAGUGAGCUGUGCAUGUGGUACGAGUCGAGCAACAAUGUCUACGGCCGAUCCAAUAACCCAUAUAACGUGCAGUGCAUUGUGGGUGGAAGCUCAGGGGGUGAGGGCUCUGCCCUGGGAGCUGCCUGCUCGGUGAUCGGCGUGGGCUCAGAUAUCGGGGGCAGCAUCCGGAUGCCUGCUUUUUUCAAUGGCGUCUUCGGACACAAACCUACUUCAGGAGUCGUCCCUAACAAGGGUCAGUUUCCUCGGCCCGUGGGAGCCCAGGAAAAGUACCAGUCUACCGGUCCCAUGUGCCGCUAUGCCGAGGACCUGGUGCCCGUGCUCAAGGUCAUGGCCGGGCCUGGCGUCCACAAGUUAAAGUUGGAUCAUGAGGUGCAGAUGAAAAACUUGAAAUUCUACUGGAUGGAACACGACGGAGGCUCAUUUUUGACAUCCCCAGUGGACAGAGAACUGCUUCAGGCCCAGCGCAAGGUGGUGGAGCAUCUUGAAAAUGUGGUGGGUGCUUCUGUGCAGCAUGUGAAACUCGGGAAGAUGAAGUACUCUUAUCAGCUCUGGAUGGCCAUGAUGUCAGCCAAGCACCCAGAUGGAACGGAAGCCUUGACAUUUCGAAAACUACUAAGAGAUCAUGGGAAUCCCGUGUGGCCACUGUGGGAACUGGUAAAGUGGUGCGUCAGGAUGUCUUCGCUCACCAUCCCGUCCAUUGGGCUUUGUCUGUUCGAGAAGGUCAGUUUUGACUCUGAGACCUUCACCAGGCUUGAAAAUUUGAGAAAAAGUUUUCGUGCGGAGUUAAUAGAGCUGCUCGGCAACGAUGGGGUUUUCUUAUACCCCCCACAUCCCAGAUUGGCUCCCAAACACCACUUCCCCUUGUCGAGACCCUUCAACUUUUCUUAUACAGAGUGGCAGAAGCGUCAACUGCUGGAAGACAGCAAUAGAAGACCAACCGGACAAACUCGCAGUACAUUGCAUACCGUGACUCAGUUGUGUUGAACAGCUAACUGGGGGAAGAGACAGGUUCGCCAGUCCUACCAGUAGCCGUGCUAGCCCCUGCUCAGAAGAGAAUUUGUCUGUAUAGUUAGUCUGGACAGGAAUUCCAGGUUUCCAUUUAAUCUGAUGAAAAGUAACUCCAUCAACUCCAAAUAUAGUGGCUGACAGAAAUAGACACACGGCUAUCCGGUACUUUCUCUGGAUUUUGAGAACUCCGCACUAUCAACCAAAUAGUCAGACGGCCCAGUUUACCGUGAAGGACGUAGCAGAAGGGCAACAGGACGAUCGUUUUCAGAAUGCA